UGGGUGAAGCUCAGUUUUGAACAAACUAGCGGCAGUAAAUAGUAUUGAUGCCACUGAGCUGGGAGUAUGAGCGCCCUUUUGAAAGAAUGACUGUCACAAACUGAACUUUUUUGAACGAGGAUCAAGAUAAUGCCAUGGCUUCAAAAUCUGACCAACUUCUUAUUGUUGUUUCUAUCCUUGAAGGUCGUCAGUUCCCCAAGAGUCAACGACAUACUUUAGUUGUCCAGGCAAAGUUUGAUGGCGAGCAGCUAGCCACAGACCCUGUGGAGCAUAAGGAGCAGCCACAGUUUUGUACUGAGUUGGCAUGGGAGCUCGAUCGCAGAACACUUCAUCAGCAUAGACUCCAGCGAACACCCAUCAAAUUACAGUGCUAUGCAGUUGAUUCAAAUACAUCUGCCAAGGAAAGUGUUGGAUAUAUUGUCCUGGAUCUCAGAUCAGUACAGGAGGUUAAGCAACCUCCUAAGUGGUAUCCUUUGCUGAGUAGCAAGUAUACCAAACUAAAGCCAGCUCUGUUGUUGAGCAUGGUCCUGGAGAAUGAUACCAAACAACCACCAGAUCAAUUUAAGGCAAAGAAAGCUCCACCUAGACCAGGUUCACCUGUCUUAGCCAAUCUAGAGUCUGUUAAAUUGGAGGCUGUUCUAAAUGAAGGUGAAGGAUAUCAUCAAAUUGGACCAGCAGAUCUUUGCAAAGACAUGUUUAUUUUGUCAGUCACUGUUGCCUUUGCUACCAAUCUGGAGCAGUUGAUCUCCAGUUCAGCAAAGCUGGCCAGUGAAGGCUCAGAGUUCUUCUUCUUUUACUCUCUCCUGGACAAUGAUGUCACCAGUGAACCAUUCCAAAAUCUCAUAAGUCCAAAUUUUGAGCCUGAAAGAGCCUCAGUUCGUAUCCGCAGCAAUGACAAGCUACUACGAGCCUUUCUCAGUCAGCAGCAGAAUCUUCAGGUCCACCUUUGCUGCGGAAAUCAAUCAUUGGGAGGAACUGACAUCUCUCUUGCUGCCCUGGUGAAGAACAGUGUGGAUCUGGCCAAGGAGGCAGCCACUAUAGAGGGAGCCUUUGUCUUGCAGCCCCCAAAUCGUACCAAGCUGAGCCUCCAGGCUGUUCCUGUAGAUUUACAGCCAACAGUUGGGGUGGCAAUUACACUGAGAAGAGAGGAUGUCAGUGCUGAGCUGCCAGAGCCACCCAUCAAAAGUAGAGAUGGGCUUAAGUCUCCAGUAAAGAAAAGCCCUGGAGUGGACGUCCAUCCUGAACCAGCUCCAGCUAAGACAAGACCACGUAGCCCAUCCCCGACACAUAGAUCUCCUGUCCGGCCGCUGACCUCGCCGUCACCGCCGCCUGACCGUCAGCACUCAGAGAGUGAGGCUGAGAGCCUGCCAGAAGAUGCAGAGCAUGUUGAGCCAAAACAAUCAGAAUUGUUGGCUCCUGCAUUACCUGCUACAGACAUGCCACUGGAGAGUGAGGCAGACGUUCAGGCAUCCUCUAUUACCGUGUCUGCCCCAAAGAUUGCUAUCCCUGCCUCAGCGCAUCAUUACUGCUUCUCCAUGGACCUGCGCAGCAUCAGAGAUCUAAAUGUGGGCUUCCCUGUGAACUGCAUGCUGAGAUAUGCCUACCAGUUCUUUGGGAGUGCAGCCCCCAUCAUGACGAAUCCUGCAGUGGAGAUAAAGAAGAACACAGAGGUGUUCCUACCUCAGUCAUACUGUGCCUUUGAUUUUGCUGCACUGCCUAAUCAACUCCAGGACACAUUUUUAAGAGUUCCUCUGGUAGUGGAAAUGUGGCAUCGAGACCCAAGUUCCAGAGACAUCUUACUUGGCAUGUCCAGCAUCCAGCUUUCACAUCUCCUUACCUCUGAGAAGACUCGCUUUCUUGGCCAGUCUGGCCAGCAGCACUGGAGACAGACUUAUUCUGAAAGGCUACCUGUUGUCAAAGCACAAGGAUCAAAUGAGAAGGUGGCUGAACUGAGUUAUGUGGCGGUUCUGGAAGACAUGGGUCUAGUAAAAGCCCAAGACAUCCUCAUAUCUGAAUCUUCUCUGAGUGGUAACCAGGUUCAUCAGAAGACAGCAGUCGCUCCUCAGCCUCACAGUGGGGUUGAAGUGGCAGCCAAGUCACGGGAGACUCUGGAAUACAAGGCAGCUCUUGAGCUUGAGAUGUGGAAGGAGAUGCAGGAGGAUCUGUUUGAUAACCAGCUGAAGCAGAAAGAGCUGAGCCACAUGCAGGCCCUGGCAGAGGAGUGGAGGAAGAGAGACCGGGAACGAGAAGCACUUGUUAAGAAGAAGGAGAUGGAAUAUAAUCUGUUGGAAGAACAGCUACAGAAGACUCUUGCCGAUCUGGAAAAGAGAGAGAAGACCCUCGCUCAUGCAGAGUUGGAGACCCAGAGGCUGCAGAGGGAGAUGCGCACAGAGCAUGAGUUCAGCAUGCGCGAGCUGCAAGACAGCGGCCGACGUUUGCGCGAAGACUGUGCCCACCAGGUGGAACUGGAGAGGUUAAAGGUCAGGCAGCUUGAGGAGGACCUCGCCCGGCAGCAACAGCAGCUAACAGAGGCCGAAAAGAAGUAUAAGCUGCUCGAAAAAGACUUUCAACAGUAUCGUGACCAACAGAACACUCGGCCAGAAAUCCGCUUGCAGUCCGAGAUCAACAUGCUCCGAUUGGAGAAGGCGGAACUGGAACGGAAACUGGAAUCAACAACGAAAUCUAAACUUCAUUACAAGCAGCAGUGGGGACGUGCUCUGAAAGAACUGGCGAGAUUUAAGCAGAGAGAGCAGGAGAACGCUAUGAUACGGCUGAAGAAGCAGCAGCAGGAGUUGGAGCAUAUGAGGCUGCGCUACCUGGCAGCCGAGGAGAAGGAAGCUGUCAAGAACGAGAAACACGAGCUCCAGGACAUCCGCAAUGAGCUGAACAGGCUAAAGCAGCAAGAGGAGAAGAGGACAUGGAAAGAGCCAGCCUGUGUCUCUCUGAAUGAGAGCGCUGAUGACCACCUGAGUCGCCUGCUGGAGGAGAGAGACACACUGCUGCGCACAGGUGUAUACACACACGAGGACCGCAUCAUUGCUGAACUCAACAGGCAGAUUCAAGAGACCAUGGCCAGCAGAGCUCCAAACUAAUGGCCAUAUCAGUACAGAUGAGAUAAGCAUUACCACAUUUCCCAAUAUUCAAGGCAAACUACAGCAUUUCUUAAUGCGGGGAAAAUCAUAUGCAUUCCAAAUCAGACAUAACACAUAAAGCCCACUGCUUUAUUUUUUUAAAGCCAUUUUUACUCAGUUCAAAAUUAAUAAUUGUGUACCAUUCAUGGUAAGUGAGGUGUAGGUCUGUCUGUGUCUGUCUGUGUAACACUUGCACAGAUUGUAGCUGUGGAUGUUCAUUAUGAAACCGUUCCCAUAGUUUCAGUGAGUGUGAUUUCAGCAGAUGGCACUAUCUCUCAAGAAAUAGUUACAUGAAUUUUUUUCAGCCAUUUUUGAAUUUGGUUAAGGUUGUGUCAAUCUCUAUUUAUUUUAUGUUUUAACUCAAGUGUAUGUGUUCUGUUACUUUUAUAUUUCUAUCUUUAUCUAAUAAAUUAUUUUGUGAUGA